CACCACAUGAAGGUAUCAGCAGGCCUCCUGAUGUCUGGGAUCAGGUGGGCAGUGAAGACAGGACUGUGGCAGCCUAGCAGGGAGGAGUGGCUACUGGCAGCACGAUGCGUGCAGCAGGAGGAAAAGGACAGGAUCAACAAGUUUGUCUUCGCUAAGGACGCCAAGUAUGCUAUGGCUGGCCGUUUCCUGAUUAGAAAAGCAGUGAGUGACCAGUUGGGCCUGCCGUGGAAGGAUAUCCAGUUGGGUAGAACAGAGAAGGGCAAACCGUACCUAACUAACACAGUUGGCGCUGAUCAUGCCCUGUUCAGUUUCAACGUGUCCCACUCAGGAGACUACGCCGUGCUGGCAGCAGAGCAGGAACACACUGUGGGUGUGGAUGUCAUGAAGAUAGACUAUCCAAAUCGAGGUGAUGUCCCCGAGUUCUUUCGCACAAUGAGGCGACAGUUUACCGACCACGAGUGGACCACGAUUAAGACUCCGAGCUCAGAGUGGGAACAACUCAAACUCUUCUACAGACACUGGUGUUUGAAGGAGAGUUAUGUGAAGGCCCUGGGAGUUGGCAUUGGGUUUGAGUUGCAGAGAAUAGACUUCCACCUGCAGACUGUAGCAGCCGUCUCGGAACCCCCGCCGUUCCAAGUCCUGAACUUUGCGGAGCUGACAGGCGCCGCGCAGCCCCUUCUUCCGGAGGAUGUCUCCUACUGGGAAAGCUUCCGCAACAAAAAGGAGAGGCCGCAGCUAGCAAAGAGAUGACGUAUUUAUUGGUCUUGAUCUUAUUAGACCUUAUUUCAGUCGAGCUGUUUUGUGUAUAUAAGGUAGAUAAAUAAUAAGUGAAGAAACUGGCCUGAGAGAUUUUUAUGCAUUGUUUAGUACCACUUAGAGACAAGGGUCGCAAGGUUAGGUCUUGCAAGUUGUAAUUUGGAGUAACAAAGACCUUUAGUUGAAAGAUAUCAGGGCUUAAAAUACUGGGUGCAUAUUAUAUGUACCGUAGAUAGUCAAGAAACUGGCUGGACAGAUUUGUAUGUGUUGUUUAGUGCUUCUGAGAGGCAAGGGUCAUCUCUACAGUUGAAAGGUAUCCUUGCUGUGUUCUUGAAAUACUGGGUGCACGUGCACUCAAUAUUAGAGCUAUGCACGUAAAUUUUGACUGUGGGUGCACCUAAAUAUCUGUGUA